AUGGAUGAAACUAUUCCAGAACGAACAGUCAGAAUGCACCCCUCGGGUAAACCCUGGAUGACAAGCUUCAUCAAAACAAAGAUAAAAGCUAGACAUCGUGCCUUCUCUCGUAAUGAUCAUGUGCGAUAUGAACAAUUAUGCUUCACCAUCUCAAGACUUAUAUCCAAGGCUAAAACGUCCUAUUGCAGAUAAAAAGUAAAAGAUCUUCGCACGACAAACUCAUUUAGCUGAGUUGGUUUAAGUCCAUCUUCUCACUUCUAGGAAUUAACAACGGAAACAACCCAUUGGGAAAAACGUCAGAUGAUAAUAUACCAGAACUGGCUGAAAAAUUACAACAGGCAUUUAUAAAACCCUGGGAUAAUUUACCACCCAAUAAUGAAUUAGAUAUUAACCUGAUGGAUCAAUCACUCAGGAACACCACACCUCCGCUGCCAUCUAUUGGACAAGUCAAGAACUGUCUAAAACAUCUAAAGCCCAGGAAAGCAACCAGAGUAGACAAAAUUCCUGUCUGGAUUCUCGAGCAUUUUAGUGAUGAUCAGCCAGUACAAAACAAUGCAAGUACCCAAGCCAAUACAAAUAUGCGCUGA